UAUCUAUUUUUUAUAAAGCAUAACGUAACUCAGCGUGUACACUAAAGUAAACGGUUGGGUAAUUUCGAUCGAUUUCACCCACUUGUGAAGACAAAAACAAUGUAAUAGCUGACGUGGUUUGUACACAUGCGCAGUGUGUUCCAGUGUUUUUAAAAUAAACCCACUCGUUACGAGACAUGGCGUCAAAGCUCCUCAGCAAAGACAACACCCUGGCAAUGAGGAGAAAGUUAAUCGGGCAAUCGUGCAGACUUUUUUAUUCAGACGAUCCGGUUAAGAUUGUGAGGGCGAGGGGACAAUAUCUGUUUGACGAGAAGGGACAGCGCUAUUUGGACUGUAUCAGCAAUGUCCAUCACGUGGGCCACUGCCACCCCAGCGUUACAAAGGCUGCGUCAGAACAGAUGGACCUUCUGAACACCAACACCAGAUUCCUGCACGACAACUUAGUCCUGUAUGCAGACCGCCUGGCUGCCACCUUGCCCGACAGACUUUCGGUCUUCUACUUUGUCAACUCCGGCUCCGAGGCCAAUGAUCUGGCUCUGCGCCUGGCCCAGCAGUACACCCAACACGAGGACGUCAUCGUUCUCGACCAUGCCUACCACGGUCAUCUCAUGUCCCUCAUCGACAUCAGUCCCUACAAGUUCCGGAAACUGACCGGACAAAAAGAAUGGGUCCAUGUGGCACCUUUACCGGACACCUACAGAGGUGUGUACAAGGACAAGCCCGAUCCAGGACAAGCGUAUGCCGAUACAGUCAAAGACUUGAUAGAGGAGGUGCACCUCAAAGGUCGAAAGAUUUCAGCCUUCUUUGCUGAAUCCAUGCCGAGCGUGGGCGGACAACUGGUUUUGCCCCAAGGCUACUCAGCCAAAGUUGCAGAGUACGUGCACGCAGCAGGCGGAGUGUUCGUGGCCGACGAGGUGCAGACAGGCUUCGGACGCACGGGGAGUCACUUUUGGGCUUUUCAGCUGCAAGGUGCAGAUUUCUGCCCGGACAUAGUGACCAUGGGCAAACCCAUGGGCAACGGGCAUCCUGUAGCGUGUGUGGUGACUACGGCGGAGAUAGCAGGAGCUUUCACUGACAACGGUGUGGAGUAUUUCAAUACGUUUGGCGGUAAUCCAGUGUCAUGUGCCAUCGGUCUGGCUGUUCUUGACGUGAUAGAAAAAGAAGACUUGAGAGGAAAUGCCACAAGGGUUGGCAAACAUCUUAAGGAUUUGCUGUCAACGCUUAAAAGCAGACAUCAAAUUAUUGGAGAUGUAAGAGGAGAGGGACUUUUUGUUGGUGUCGAGCUGGUUGAAGACAGACAACUCAUGACACCUGCCACUAAAGUUGCAGCACAACUGGUUAAAAGGCUUAAGUUGGAGGAUCGCAUCUGUGUGAGCACGGACGGCCCCUGGGACAGCGUGGUGAAGUUUAAACCUCCCAUGUGCUUCAGUAUGGAGGACGCUGAGCUGGUGGUGCAAUGUAUCGACCGCAUUCUCACAGACAUGGAAGCCAGCCACUGAUGUGAAACUAGGAAAGGAAGACAUCUAAUGAAAGGAAUCAGCAGCCAUUUUGCAAUACUGUUAAUGUAUGCAGAAUCCAUUUGAAGGAAUCACCCACAGACAUCUCUACACUGUUACCUUUGCAGAUUGUGUAACAGAUAUGCAAGUAAAUUGUUAUAUAAAUUAGCAACAGUAAAAAAAUAAAUUUCUUCUAUCAGUACUGCUCAGACAAAUCUUUUCAAUGCACAUUAAUAUAAACACUUACCCGACCACACUCACACUACUUAUGUUCAAGUAUUGCAGUUUCACAUCUAGGGGGUUGACAUUUAACACUGCAGGUGGUGAAGCCCUCUCCCGCAGCUUCCAAAAGGGGCCUCCGUCGCGAUGUUCACAUUACUCCGGCUAUAUUGAGCAAGCCAUUUAACAGUACAAUCAAUACAGUUAACAUUAUCUUUACAAAUAAUAACAGUAAGAUCCAUUUGUAAUAUAAAUCAAAAGUUUAUUUCUACCAAUUUGCCCAAGACACUAGAGGAAUGAGUAUCCAGUGAGAGAGGGAGAUACCCUCUUACAUUUAACAGGCUUGCGUUCAGUUGAGUUACACGAGUAAAGCCACUUAAAAAUUGCAAACACGAACGGGGAAGAAACUCCUUAAAAGCCAAAAAACAAAAUGGAGAAGGAAAAAAAAAAAAAAAGAUGCUGGUUGUCUUUUUACCAAGCCAUCUGCAAACAUUCAUUACAAGUUUACAAUGAACCCUUUAGUUUCAAUCCUUUGUUUUGUCUCACCCAUGCAACUUGUAUCCAACACCCAGCACAGGGGGAACAUAACUAAAGAUCUAGUACACUGGAAAAAAAAAAGCCUAAUUUGUUUUAUUUGUGAGCUUUAAAAGCUCUUGCUGUUUUGUCUGUAUAUCCAGUAGACAUGUAAAAAUACAACCAUACAAUACAUUAGAUUCAAAAGGUACCAAAAAGUACAGUAAAAAUAACACUUCCAUCACUGGAAAUGUAAAUGGACACAAAACAAUAUAAAAUAAAAGUGGAAAAGUGACAUUUGCUUCCCCAGUUCCUCACUUGAUCUGUACAAAUGGAGCAUGAGUCCAAAUUUUCUGCCAACUCCAAAGGAAAAGCCAGAGCCCAAGGUCGCUGUGGUCUGACCAUGGAUCUCUUUUUCUUAUUUACGUUAGACCUUAAGAGAGAAACACGUUGCUUAACGUUACUGAGAAUAAACCAAAUUUGAGCAGUUACAAAGACAUAACAGUUGCAUGAAUGAGUUAAACAGAUCGGUGAAUAGACAAGACUUUGAACCGAAAGCAAUUACACCUAGGUGAAACGUCCUAUUCUUAACCACCACCAGCUCAACCCGUAUCGAUCAAGUAGUGUUUGUAGGGAUGCAUCUUAGGGUGAUGAUAGGUGGAAUGGAUCCAGACCCCCAUCAAAACAAGCUACCCUAGCCCCCACCACAAUGUUGGAAUGGAAUUAAGAGUAGAUGAGGAUUUUUUUGGGAGA